CGCAUGAYACUGAAGGGCACGCGGCAGCAAAUCCCACAACAUCGAGCAACGGCCUCUGCAACCAACAGAGACAUUGAACAACAACAGGCGGAAAAGUGCACGCAAUCAGCCGAAGAUCGAACAAGAACAACAAUCAUCAAAGCGUAGUGCAACAGUUCGAACGACGCUUGGCAAUAAUGCUGUUUCUAUUGUCGAGAUCUCGUUCUACCACUAUCCCGRUCUUCCUUUCGUUCCUGUUGGUUGGAUCGUGCAUCUUUGGGGUCGGUWCUGCAUCGGAAACGGAGCAUGCACCRUACCUUCGGCGCGAUUCCGGGUCGAAAGAAGGGUCUCCAAUCUCCGUGGUAGGGGACGAUGACCCGGACRUCAAAGAAAUGUACAUCACACAGCAACUGGAUCACUUCGACAGGACCAACGAAGCGACCUACCAGCAACGGUAUUUUGUGGACUACAGCCGCCACGGCAGCAAACAAAGUGGUUCGCAAGAGACAUUGCCCAUCAUUUCCUUGCUGUGCGUGGGGGGCGAGGGGCCCGGCUUUGACGAAUCGGUCCUGAUCGACUCGGUGCACUGCAGCGGAGACAUGCUGGAACUGGCGAAACGAAUCGCCCAAACCAAAUCGCACCGCGUCCAUUUGUACGCCCUUGAGCACCGCUACUACGGCAAGUCCUACCCGGCUUUUGUGGACUCCAAAACGGGGAACAAAACAUCGCCGCUCACGGUCCAAAACCUGCGCUUCCUGAGCAGCCACCAGGCCCUGGAAGACCUGGCCCAUUUUGUGYACACCAUGAAUAAAGAGACRAGCACGGACGGCGAUCCCUCCGCGAACACAUGGGUAACCUUUGGGGGGAGUUAUCCCGGCCUGAUGUCGAUGUACGCGCGGUAUAAAUACCCACACCUGGUCUUUGCCAGCGUGAGCUCGUCGGCUCCGCUGCAGCUCAGAGUGGACUUCCCGGGAUACAAGGCCAAGCAGGGGUGGGGCCUAAAAUACGACAAAGUCGGCGGAAGCGAAGAGUGCCACCGCAUCGUCCAGGCCGGUCACGAGCAGGCUGUCGCGGUUUUGCACCAGCCCGGGAACAAGACGAACGCCACCGAGGCCGGCCCGGUAGUCCUGGCGAAGAAAUUCGGRGUCUGUGAUCCGGGCAAGGCUCUUUCAAUGCGGCGAAACCAGGAAUUGCUCCUGGGAGACGGGCUCGUCGUCAUUCCAUCCCAGGGCAACGAUCCGWMMUGCACCGGGGGGGAGCUUUGUAACAUUGCAGGAUUGUGUCGGUUCAUGAUCCAAGAAACGGAAAAGAUGAGGAACGCAACCGCACACAACAGCACGGGGAAAAGCAAUAUCGAACUGGAAGUCUUGGCCAAAGUAUCGCAACAACAACGAUCAGAGCGAACCCGGGGAAACGAAAAGACAUACAAACACAAYAAACGGCAACAAAUGAUGCAGAGAAUGAGGUUGCCGAGACGGCUCGCAGGCGGUGGUGACAAUGACGAUUGUGUCGACGUCGAUUUCGAGGGGAUGGUCAAGUACUACUCCGAUUUGGAGGUGAGACCGUUUGGGGAUCGCUCGUGGCUGUGGCAAACGUGCACCGARUUCGGAUUCUACCAGACCUGCGGCGACGACUGCCCCUACGCGGCCCACUUUCACCAGGUCGACAUGGAUCUCGAGAUCUGUGCCCGCCUMUUUAACAUUUCGAGCGAUAGGGUGUACGAGAAUGUGCAGUCCUCCCUCGAUGCMUAYGGCGGAAAAUCCUUCCUCGAGUCGGGGGCCACCAGCCGCAUCCUCACGGUCAACGGCAACGUCGAUCCGUGGUCCGCACUGGGGCUGGAGGAAAACGACUCGACGAGCUUUUUGCUGCCGGUCAAGAUGGUCGACGGUGCCAGUCACCACUUCUGGACGCACGCCGUCAAGGAUACYGACGCGCUCGAGAUCAUCAAGAUACGGGAGUACAUUUAUUCGUGCGUGAUGAGCUGGCUUGGAAUCACCGUCCCCCACAAUCCAUYGCUGUCGCUGCAUGCGAGUAAUGUAGCUCGCUAGCUAACAGCAACAACAUUGGCACGAGUCUCAACAACUAAACCAAAGAGACACUAUAACAAUAGACCUAGAUCUAUCAC